GUUUUGAAUGAAGAAUGCGAUCAGAAUUGGUACAAGGCAGAACUCAAUGGAAAAGACGGCUUCAUUCCCAAGAACUACAUAGAAAUGAAACCACAUCCGUGGUUUUUUGGAAAGAUUCCCCGAGCGAAGGCUGAAGAGAUGUUAGGCAAACAGAGACACGAUGGUGCCUUCCUCAUCAGGGAGAGUGAGAGUGCUCCUGGAGACUUCUCCCUCUCAGUCAAGUUUGGAAAUGAUGUGCAGCACUUCAAGGUGCUUAGAGAUGGGGCUGGCAAGUAUUUCCUCUGGGUGGUGAAGUUCAAUUCUUUGAACGAGCUGGUAGAUUAUCACAGAUCCACAUCUGUUUCCAGGAACCAGCAAAUAUUUCUCCGGGACAUUGAACAGGUGCCACAGCAACCAACCUACGUUCAGGCCCUGUUUGAUUUUGAUCCCCAGGAGGAAGGAGAGCUGGGCUUCCGUCGUGGAGACUUUAUCCAAGUCCUUGACAAUUCUGACCCCAACUGGUGGAAGGGAGCCUGCCACGGACAGACGGGCAUGUUUCCACGCAACUAUGUGACCCCAGUGAACCGGAACAUCUAGAGAUAAAUAUUAGAGAUUAUUUAAAGAAACCAGAGAAACAGUAAAUACACAUACAGAGCCUAACUGCAGCCAGUGACCUAAAAUCACACGGCGAUAAAACCUGAGUCACCUUUCACCGUGAGGUGAUCCUCCUUCACUCAGUACGGAACUUCAGGGGUGGGGGGGGGUGGGGGGGGGAGAGGUCGACUUACACACCAAAAGAAGGAAGAAAAAAAAAAAA